AUAUUUUAAUAAUCAUUCCAAUCGUAUGUUUAUAGCUUCCAUAGCCGACUCUUUCUUCGCUGAGAUUAUAACUUGAAAAUACCCCUUUCCUUGUCUUGCGCCGCCUAGCGACAAAGAUGGAGAAUAUUCCUUACUCAGAUUCUGAUAUGACCUUCACGGGCUUUGAAGGCGCCAUAAGCACCCGUGCUAUGACCCAUCCGCAUCGCUCCUUUGCUUUCGAAGUGACAUUUGAUCUGGCUCAUCCGCGUCUUGUCGCGUUAGGAUCGCAGAAGCCGCCUCUUCAUUUCCACCCGUAUCAGGAAGAGUACGUGCAGGUAUUGGCGGGCCGCUUGGCCGUAGAGGUAAACGGACGUGAAGUCAUAUUAAGUCCAAGUGAUGGCGAGUUUUGUCUACAACCAUGGGUAGACCAUCGGCUAUACCCACCUCAAUUGCCCCCCCAAGAUGUACAGAAAGACGCCGCGUCGACGCUGGAUAACACAACCAAGUUUCUACUUUCAGGCCAACAGACAUUAAAGGCAUUUAAACUUGACAACGUCUUCUUCCAGAGUUGGUAUGCGUAUCAAGACGAGAUUGUGGUUGGUGGCAAGAGGCCCGACCCGAUUCAAGUCAUAUCGACGUUCGACGCAGGAGGCUCAUAUCUAUCGUUGCCGUGGUGGGUUCCUUUCAGACAUGGAAUUUCUCAAGCCGCUAGUAUUUUGGUUGGGAGGUGGCUUGGGGGCUUAUUAGGAUACCAGCCGUUUUAUCGCGAAUGGUUGACUGAAGAAAAUUGGCAAUUGGCCUGUGAGAAGAUGGAGUCUUCUUUUUUUCAGAGACGGUUUGCAGAUCGUAGGCACUCGACUUGAACAAUUAACCUCAUAUGCGACGAUUCGUUUACAUUAGCAAUCACAACCUACUUCCAGAUAUAUGUUCAAACGAUAAAAGAAAUAAUAUGAAUUAAACUUGAG